AUGGCGGUUUUGAUUGAUAUAGGUUGGGAAAAGGCGGAGAAUGAAGCUGCGGUUUUGAAGCAACAGCUUGAUGCUUCUACUAGCAAGGUUUCAGCUCUUGAGGAUCGAAAUAGUCAUCUUGAUAGUGCGCUAAAGGAAUGUGUGAGACAACUAUGGCAAGGAAGAGAAGAGCAGAAUCACAAGAUCGAAGAAGCUAUAAACAAGAAAUGCGCAGAGUGGGAAACUAAAAAAUGUGAACUUGAAUCCCAAAUUGAGGAACUCCAAGCUAGACUUCGAACGGGAAAAGAAGAGGUUACUACAGGUUCGGUCCACGAAGAGCUUUACCCGAAACUUGAGGCUUUAGAGAAAGAGAACUCAGCUUUGAAGCUUCAACUACUCUCGAAAACUGAGGAGGCUGAGAUUAGGACUAUAGAGAGGGACUUAAGCACUCAAGCUGCUGAAUCUGCAAGUAAACAACAAUUGGAAGGGAUUAAAAAGUUGACUAAACUUGAAGCGGAAUGCAGGAAACUAAGAGUCAUGGUUAAAAGAUCCAAUGAGCUUAAAUCUUCUAUGGAUAACCAAUCAGACUACUCUGGGAGAGUUUCUUUUAGUGACAAUGAAAUGCAGAGUCCCUCUGCAAGGAUCACUGGGAAAACUUCGAUGGCUCCUUCAGUAGAAAUCGGUAUAAUGGAUGAUUUUCUCGAGAUGGAAAGGCUCGCUGCUCAGCCGCAUUCUGAACCAGGAAGAAAACAUUCAGAGAGUAACAAGGGAUUAGAGAAACCUGAUGCUGAAUCAAGCCAAUUAAAACAUGAACUCGAAACCUCGCUUCGUAGAAUUUCUGAACUGGAGGAAAAAGUAGAGAUGGUAGAGGUAGAGAAACUGCAGUUGGAGAUGGCUUUGAAUGGAUCCAAAGAGCAAAUAGAGGCAUUGAAGAGACGGCUAAUGGAGACUGAGGAGAAGCUAUCCGAGUUGAAGAAACUAGAAGGAGAAAAUCAAGAUCUAGACUUGUCGUUGGGGGAAUCGGGUAAGCAAAUUCAGGAUCUUCGAAGACAGCUAAAGAAAGCACAAGUGAAUCUAUCAGAACUAGAGACUACAAGAGCAGAAAACAAGGAUCUAGAGUUGUUGUUGGGUGAAUCUGGAAAGCAAAUUCAGGAUCUUCAAAGACAACUAAACAAAGCACAAGUGAAUCUGUCAGAACUAGAGACUACAAGAGCAGAGAAGCUGGAACUAACCAUAUGUUUAAAUGGGACAAAGAAGCAGCUCGAGACAUCGCAAAACCGGCUAAAGGAAACAGAGAGAAAGUUGACGGAGCUUCAAACUCUGCUGCGUCUAACAAAGGACGCAAAAGAAGCGGCUGAGGAUGGUGAAAAAGCUGCAAACGCGAAAACAGAAGCGGUUGAAUCAAGACUCAGAGAUGUGGAAGCAGAAGCGGAAUCUUUGAUCUUGAAAAUCGGAUCUUUAGAAGAAAGUACAAGAAAGGAACGUGCUUUAUCGGCAAAACACAUUUCAAAGUGCCAAGAACUACAAGAGGAGAUCUCAAAACUAAAACACGAACUUGAGGAUCAUCACGAAACAGAGCCUGAGCUUAACCAUAUGAAAGGUUUUGAUGAAGAUUAUAAGCUGAAGCAGGAGAAGGAAUUAGAAGUGGCUGCCUCAAAAUUUGCAGAGUGCCAAAGAACUAUCGCUUCGUUGGGACAGCGAUUACAGUCACUCGCUACAUUUGAAGAUUUCUUGAUUGAAUCUUGA